UUCAGUCCAACCCUCUUUAAUUAUCCCUUUCAAAUUUACUGGAUCUACCGUCUUUCCCAUCUGUACGUAUUGAUUAUGGCGUUGGACGACCCCGACCGCCUAUAAAACCCAAACCCAGACUCCCCUUUCUUCUUCACAACAACAUUUCCAGUUACUAAGGUCUAGGGUUAAGUUGGUGAUGGGCUCAGAGAAUAAAUUUAAUAUUAAGGUCCCUUUCAUGGCUGCUUCUAAUAGCAAAAGCAAUCAGGUUUCUGUUUCUCAGCCGCCGUUCCAAGAUCCGGCGGUGAAUAAUCAGACUUGUUUUGGAACUGUGCAGGCCGCACCUUCUUCUUCUUCAUUUCCGGCUCUAGGGAACAAGGAUAACUCCGAAGCCUAUGAUGUGGGUGAGUUGGAUCAAGCUUUUCUUCAUUUUCUCAACGCACAACCUCAAGAUCAAGAUCCCUCCUCAAGCCAUGACCAACAGAAUAAUGGGAUGAGGCUACCAAAUACUCUGAACAUGUUCCCCUCAGAGCCCAUGCACGUCAACCCAUCACCAACUGCGCUUGAAGGAAGUGGAAGUGGAAGUGAAAGUCGCAGAAGUUCGACAUCAAGCGGCGGAGGACGCGGCGGAACCCUAAACGCUAAGACUUUAAGGAGGCUGGCGCAGAACAGGGAGGCAGCUAGGAAAUGCAGGAUUAGGAAGAAGGCUUAUGUUCAGCAGCUUGAGACGAGUAGGAUGAAGCUCAUACAAUUAGAACAACAAGUGGCACUAGCCCAAGCUCGCGGAGCUCGUAUUACUGAAAAUGGCAAUGUAGUUGGAGUAGGGCAUGGGCAUCCUCUUUCCCUGACCAAAAUAACCCCUGAAGGGGCGGCUUUCGACGUGGAGUAUGCAAGGUGGAUAGAGGAGGAACAUCGGAUCACAUGCGAGCUCCGAAAAGCAGUUGAUGAGCUUAUGUUGUCGGAGAAUGAGCUGAAGAGGUAUGUGGAUGCCUGUUUUGCACAUUAUGCUCAGAUGACACAUCUGAAUGCCAUGCUAGCCAAAUCCGACGUUCUCCAUCUCGUCUCCGGCAUGUGCUGGACCCCCGUUGAACGUUGCUUCAUUUGGAUCGGCGGUUUCCGUCCCUCCCUCCUUCUCAAGGUAAUUAUGAGCCAAUUGGAGGUGACGGAGCAACAAGCGUUGGGAAUGAUUGGACUGCGACAAUCAACACAAGAAGCAGAAGAAGCUCUAUCACAAGGCAUGGAAACUCUUCACCACACAAUCUCUGAUAUCAUAUCUUCUGAUGCACUCUUCUACCCUUCCAAUCUGCCUUCCUGCAUGACCCAAAUGGCUGCCGCCAUUACCAACCUCUACACUCUCCACACUUUUGUUCGCCAGGCAGAUAAUUUGAGGAUUCAAACAAUCCAAAGGCUAUAUCAUAUCCUAACAGUGGGUCAAGUGGCGAGGUGCUUUCUCAUAGUUACUGAUUUCUUCCAUCGUCUCCGGACUCUCAGCGCUCUCUGGUUGGGCCGCCCUAGGCAGGACUAGUCAUGGAAUGUACCCCCCACCAAAUCAACUUGGACAUCUCAUCAGGAUGAUAUAUAUGUUGUUUUUUCUUUUGUUUUUUGUUGUUGUUGAGUGGCCCUUGUAUGAAUAUGGGCAAUAUGUCGAUAUAGAUUUA